GUAAGGCGGAUUGAGUUCCCUGACCGUCUGCUGUAAAAUAGAUUCCUGCGUGAAGGCAACUGAAUGAAAAUUUUAAAUUUAUCGAAGGUUUGUGAGAAAAGCGGUAGCGUGGAAGGUGAAGUGGUGGCUCCGCUGUUGGUGCUCGGCCACUCAAAGUUUGCGUUGUGGCCCAGGGUGCGUGGAACUCCAGGUUCUGUCCUUUGCUGAACCCUCCAUGUGUCUAUUCCCGUCUCUGGGCUGAGCGCUCGAGUACCACAGUGGGGAAAACCGGUUCUGUCCAAAUUAUCGCAAGUACACGCUGCCUCGUGCACCAUGUUUGUUCUGGUGGAGAUGGUAGACACUGUGCGGAUUCCGCCCUGGUUCUUUGAGAGGAAAUUAAACGAUGCCAUCGCAGAAGAGCUGAACAAGAAACUUGCCAACAAGGUGGUGUACAACGUGGGUCUGUGUAUAUGCCUGUACGACAUUACCAAACUGGAAGAUUCCUACAUUUUCCCAGGAGAUGGCGCUUCUCACACCAAAGUUCAUUUUCGAUACGUGGUAUUCCGACCCUUUCUGGAUGAAAUUAUUACAGGCAAAAUUAAAGGCUGCAGCCAGGAUGGAGUCUGUGUGACCCUGGGAUUUUUCGAUGACAUCCUGAUCCCUCCUGAAUCUCUGCAACAACCAGCCAAGUUCGAUGAGACUGAGCAGGUGUGGGUGUGGGAGUACGAGACCGAUGAGGGUACUCACGACCUGUACAUGGAUGUCGGCGAGGAGAUCCGACUGAGAGUGGUGGAUGAAACUUUUGUGGACACCUCCCCCACUGGGCCCAGUAGAGCGGAUACUUCGACCUCCACAGCAGAAGAAACACAGAGGAAGGAAUCUCCCUACACACUGACGGGGUCCAUCAGUGAGCCUGGCCUGGGACUCCUGUCCUGGUGGACGAAUGGUUAACGAGCCGACCGGAUCCCAUUGAUUCAAAUGCAGCACAAUGACCAUCUGCCCGGAGCUGGAACUUCCCGUCUUCCAGCCAGUUCCUCAGGGAUCUUAUUUUCUGAGAAGUGGACAGAUGCUGGGCAUUUAAUUAGAGCGAGAAGCGUCCAGUGAGCACGAUCCAGCUGGACUAGAAUCCGAGGUUUCUGAGAUGAGCAAAUAAAGGUGGAGUGUGUCCAGAGGAAGAUGAAGGACCUCCACGUGGAACACCUGGGUAGUCUUGACCACUUCCCACUGUGCAGAAUCCUGCUGCUGCCCUCCUGACUAAUUAGGCUGCUUGUGUGAUAAAUUAAAGAUGUUUGAUCAGUGAA